AUGGAGGAGAGUUGUUUGCUGUCACCGCACUGCCGCCUCCUUGAGGAUGCUCUUUUGAGUGGUCCUUCCCACUCAACUCCUCCACGAGCGCCCCGGUCGAUUCUGACGCGAUCCUGUGAGGACCGGCCAGACCGCAGGCAUCCAUUUGCUACGCGUAUGCUCUCUGAUUUUAGUAAAACUUGUGCCGACCGGAGAAAAAGAAGUGAUGCUACUACUAGCAGCAGCAGCCGUCGCAGCCGCAGCGAUCAAGUCGCUCUGUGUGCGAAUGUUUCGCAAGGGGGAGGCAGACAUCACGAAAGAAGGGUGGGACCCCGGUGCCUCAGAACACAAAAGGCGGGGGAAGCUCUAUCUAGCUCAAAAAAUAAUGUUGAAGAAGACGCCGAAGAAGACACUCCCCUUAAUUCGGAUCCCACGCGACUGACCUUCCUGUCAGUAAAUACGGGAAACUCAAAUCAAGAUGGAGUUGGGGAGGCCAAUCAGCCGACCGAUGUAAACCCUGAUGCUGCUUCGGCAGCUAGAGCAGGAACCUCAAUAGUUGGUUCCUCUGGACAGGAUGGUGUUGGUCCCAGUUCGGGUAACUUGCAAGAACCCAGGGAUUCCGCUGCAUCCCCAAUGGACGUCAUAAGACAUCGCCUGAACACCCUGGCCACGGAGAUGCGAAGCGAUAAUGCGGAGCUCUCCGCCAUGAUCCGCAACACGACCGCCCUAUCGAACGGCGCUGCCGCUAUGGACAGAGUUUCAUAUGCACGACAGUCACAGAUGCCUCCUGCGCUGGGUGGCAUGACGGAGCUCAGACGCAGUCUUAAGACCCUCGUUGAUGAGAUGCGAAACGAAAACCAACAGCUUGAAUCUGCCAUGUUAGCCUCCUACAUUGAAGCCCAGAAGCAGGCUGCGGCGCCUAAUCCAGCCGAGCGGAUGCUGGUAAGAGCGCUCAAUGAGUUGAAGACCUGUGUACAGACUCUUGCCGGCGAGUUUUCAGACCUGAUUCAAAGGCAGAACUCUAGGGUCGAUGAAGUGCCGAAUUUGCGGACACAGGCCUCACCCUCGGAGGUGACUCACAGUGCGCUAGCAUCUAUCCUCUCGGGCCUGAACCCUGAAGGACAGUCUGCAAGCAUUACUAGGGGACCCUCGGGCCUAAUCGACAACGGCGUGGUCUUGACGGACGGGCAAGAUGGGAGUUCGCAGUUCCAGCCAACCGAUUUCGACGCGGCACGCCUGUCAAAUCCUUCUUUCGCUUACAAACAAAGCGUAGCGACAAUGAAUUCAGUCAACCGAUCGUUCAGCCAGGGUUCCUUAGCGCAACAACCAAUGCCUUCUGUAGUGGGGGGUUCAGUAGCCUAUCAACCUAGUUUGGCUCUGGGUUCGAACAAGCAAAGCAUAGCGCCGACCUAUCCAGUCAAUCGAUCAUUCAUUCAGAACUCCUUAGCUCAACAGUCGAGCAUACAUCCAGCAAAGUCAGUAAUUGGAGGUCCAGCGGCGUACCAGCCCAGCCAGGCACUGGGACGUUCGAUGAUGCAGUCCAUCAACCCACCCAGUCUUCAACAUUCUAUGAUAGAUCCCAAUCGUCCAACCAUUAGUCAGUCAGAUGGAAGACCCAUUAGUAGCGUGGGGCUGGAAGCCCUGUCAAGGCCGUCGGCUAUGCCCAUGGAACUUCCCAAUCGCGGAACGCAAACUUUUUUCGGAGGAAGGACAACUGACGGUCUCGGAACGGAACCAUCAGAAGUCCGGGUUGACCCCAUUGAGUCCUAUCUGAGGUACCAAAAGGAGCCAUCAAUAAUUACUUCGGAGGCGGAUGAACCGCCUUCAGUUGAGGUUAUUUCCGCACCUGCUGAUCCGGAGAUCAUGAGGGCUCUGGAAGACUUGCGUUCCAGGGUCGUUGCCAUGGGAAAGGAGGUCAUGACCGAGCCUCCUCCUCCGCCACCGCCAGAGAAACCACGCACGCCACCCGUCGACCCUACCAUCAUUCAUGCUCUUGAGGGUAUCCGAGACAGCAUCAAAUCAAUGGCCAGAGCACCUUCCACUGACUCCACCUAUGAGCGCACCAGAAACGAGGAAUUCACAAAUGUCCUGAAGGAGAUUCGCAAGAGUCUCCAAAGCCUGGAAGAGGAGCAGAAGAAGUCACAAGCACCGCCGCCGCCGCCUCCGCCUCCGGUGGGACCUGGCCAACCCGGAGGCUACCCCUUCUAUCCGCAAGCACCGCGACUGCCACCACCUGUGCCUGGACAAACUGGGGCACCACUUGGGGCAGCCCUGGGCACCAGACCUUCAAGUAAUGAGAAUACUGGACCAAUUGAUGGCACCGCCUCACUGGCCUCCUCCCCACUCCCAGUGCCAACGCCACUGCCGGCACAACAAACAGGAGGACAACCGCCUUCAGCCGUGAUGAUACCAGGCCAGGGCCCUGGGGGCUGGCAAAGGCCACCCUACUAUGGCAUGUACGACGACGAUGGUGGUUGCUGUGAGGACUGUUGUUGCGACGACUAUGACUACUACUACGACGAGUAUGAUGAUGAGGAUUAUGAUGAUGACGCGGAGGAAGAAGAAGAAGGGGAGGAGGAGGAGAAGGAAGAUAAAGAUCGGCAUUACGGAGGACGCCGGCGAGGCAGAGGGCGACACCGACGUGUAAAGGAUAAGGCGAAGAAGGGUGAAGAAAAGGAGGCAGCCAAACCGCCAUAUGAUGAAAAGUCCUGUAAGUACCUGCAGCGUCUACUGGACAUGCUGGACCGCUGCACAGAUGGCCCAGGCGGCGAGGGAGCAGGCGAGCAGCCGCCAGCGGGUACCACCGCUCCGGGUACGAUGCCCUCCAUGGGCUACUGGAGACCAUUCCCCGGACUGCCACCAACACCCUUCUACCCUGGAGGAGGUCUGCCGAUUGCCCCCCGGUGGUGUCCCCCACCGCCCACCUGUCCACCGCCUUACGCGGCCGCAAUGGGCAGUCAGUGUCUGAGUCAUACUGACAGCUGCAGCUGUUGUAACAGUGGCGGGGGCCCCCCACCUGGGUCGAAUUUCUAUUGCACGCGGGUGGAUAAGUGA